AAGGCGCGCCGGAAAUGCGGGAUCCAUUGCGCGCAGCUCGCUCUGAGGGAAGGAAGUUGGCCUCGGAGCGGCCUGGACUUUGCGGGCAAGGCCGCGGGGCCGCAGCGGUGGCUGCUUCGACCAUCUGAGGGCGGCGCGAUGGGAGACGAGAUGGAUACCAUGAUCCCCGAGCGGGAGAUGAAGGAUUUUCAGUUCAGAGCACUGAAGAAGGUGAGACUCUUUGACUCCCCUGAUGAGUUGCCCAAGGAGCGCUCAAGUCUGCUUGCUGUGUCCAACAAAUAUGGCCUGGUCUUUGCUGGUGGAGCCAGUGGGUUGCAGAUUUUUCCUACUAAAAAUCUUCUUAUUCAAAACAAACCUGGAGAUGAUCCCAAUAAGAUAGUUGAUAAAGUUCAAAGCUUGCUAGUGCCUAUGAAAUUCCCGAUACAUCACCUGGCCCUGAGCUGUGAUAACCUCACACUCUCCGUGUGCAUGAUGUCCAGUGAAUAUGGUUCCAUUAUCGCUUUUUUCGAUGUUCGCACAUUCUCAAAUGAGGCGAAACAGCAGAAACGCCCGUUUGCCUAUCAUAAGCUUUUGAAAGACGCCGGCGGCAUGGUGAUCGAUAUGAAGUGGAACCCCACUGUCCCCUCCAUGGUGGCAGUUUGUCUGGCCGAUGGCAGCAUUGCUGUUCUUCAGGUUACAGAAACAGUGAAAGUGUGUGCGACUCUCCCUUCCACGGUGGCAGUAACGUCUGUGUGCUGGAGCCCCAAAGGAAAGCAGCUGGCCGUGGGGAAACAGAAUGGAACUGUGGUCCAGUACCUUCCCACUUUGCAGGAAAAAAAAGUCAUCCCUUGUCCUCCGUUUUAUGAGUCAGAUCAUCCUGUCAGAGUUCUGGAUGUGCUGUGGGUCGGCACGUACGUCUUCACGGUAGUGUAUGCUGCCGCGGACGGGACCUCGGAAACGUCUCCGGACGUGGUGAUGGCUCUACUCCCGAAAAAAGAAGAAAAACACCCAGAGGUGUUCGUGAACUUCAUGGAGCCCUGCUACGGCAGCUGCACCGAGCGGCAGCAUCGCUACUAUCUCAAUUACGUCGAAGAAUGGGAUUUAGUGCUGGCAGCAUCUGCGGCUUCGACGGAAGUUAGUAUCCUUGCUCGACAAAGCGAUCAGAUUAAUUGGGAAUCUUGGCUCCUGGAGGAUUCUAGUCGAGCUGAACUGCCUGUGACUGACAAGAACGAUGACUCCCUGCCCGUGGGCGUUGCCAUAGAUUAUACCAACCAAGUGGAAGUUGCCGUCAAUGAUGAGAAGACUCUUCCUCCAGCUCCAGUUCUCAUGUUACUUUCAACAGACGGUGUGCUUUGUCCAUUUUACAUGAUCAAUCAGAAUCCCGGGGUUAGGUCCCUCAUCAGAACACCAGAGCGGCUCUCAGUGGAGGGAGAGCGACAACCCAAGUCGUCAGGAAGCACUCCCACUACCCCAACCUCUCAAGCCCCGCAGAGACUCGACGCUUCAGCAGCUGCAGCUCCCGUCUCUGUUCCACCUGCAUUGCCAGCUGCUUCCACCUCCACCUUCUCUUUGCCUUCUGUCGUCGGAGCGGCCCCCGUGUUCUCCUUUGGUUCUUCAUCCUUGAAAUCAUCUGCUUCUGUCACCGGGGAUCCCCCUCCCUAUUCCAGUGGCUCUGACAAUUCCAAAGCAGCUCCGGGCACUGGCGCACCCCCCUUUUCUUUUGCUCCUCCUUCUCAAGCCUCCCUAGUCCCCACCACUGCGGCCUCUCCCAUGGCACCGUCACCUGCUCCCUUCUCCUUCGGAUCAUCGGGUUUUAAACCUACCCAGGAAAGCACACCCAUGCCAAGCGCGUCCGCACCGAACAUUGGAAUGAAGCCCUCCUUCCCACCUUCAGCCUCCGCAGUCAAGGUCAACCUGAGUGAGAAGUUUACUGCCGGGGCUACCUCUGCUCCUGUUAACAGCCCACAGAGCACACCCUCCCUGCUGCCAUUCUCCCCUGCCUCCAAGCCAGCCUCUUCGGGACCUCUCGGCCACCCCACGCCCCUCUCAGCAUCAUCCAGUUCCAUGUCGUCAAAGUCCUCAGUAUCAGCAGGGCGAUCUGCUCAGGCCGGUCCCAGCCCGGCGCCCUCAGUGGGGCAGAAGUCACCCAGGAUCACCCCUCCGGUGGCAAAGUCGGGCUCUCCCCAGGCAAAAUCACUUCAGCCUCCUGUUACAGAAAAGCAGGGACAUCAGUGGAAAGAGUCAGAUCCUGUGAUGGCUGGAAUUGGGGAGGAGAUCACACACUUCCAGAAGGAGCUAGAAGAGCUGAAAGCCCGAACUUCGAAAGCCUGUUUCCAAGUGGGCACUCCUGAGGAGAUGAAGAUGCUGCGGACAGAAUCGGAUGACCUGCACACUUUUCUGUUGGAGAUUAAAGAGACCACAGAGUCUCUUCAUGGAGAUAUAAGCACCCUGAAAACAACUUUGCUUGAGGGCUUUGCUGGUGUGGAAGAAGCCAGAGAACAAAACGAGAGGAACCGCGACUCUGCGUAUCUCCACCUGCUCUACAGGAGACCCCUGGACCCCAGGAGCGAAGCUCGACUCCAGGAAAUUCGGCGCCUUCAUCAGUAUGUGAAAUUUGCUGUCCAAGACGUGAACGACGUGCUCGACUUGGAGUGGGAUCGGCAUCUGGAGCAAAAGAAAAAACAAAACAGGCGCCUGCUUGUGCCAGAGCGAGAGACACUGUUUAACACCCUGGCCAACAACCGGGAAAUCAUCAACCAGCAGAGGAAGAGGCUGAAUCACCUGGUGGACAGUCUCCAGCAGCUCCGUCUUUAUAACCAGACUUCCCAGUGGAGCCUUCCCCCGGUUCCCACCCAGAGCAGCACUCACAGUUUUGACAGUGACCUCGAAAGCCUGCGCAAUGCCUUGUUGAAAACCACCAUAGAAUCUCACACUAAACCGUUGCCCAAAGUACCAGCUAAACUGUCCCCUGUGAAACAGGCACAACUGAGAAACUUCUUGGCCAAGAGGAAGACCCCACCAGUGAGAUCCACUGCUCCAGCCAGCCUGUCUCGAUCAGCCUUCCUGUCUCAGAGGUAUUACGAAGACUUGGAUGAGGUCAGCUCAACGUCGUCCAUCUCUCAGUCUCUGGAGAGCGAAGACACGCGGGCGCCCUGUAAAGAUGACGACGCGGUGGUCCAGGCCCCUCGGCACGCCCCCGUGGUUCGCACCUCUUCCGUCCAGCCCGGCCUCUUGCCCCAGGCGGCGGCUCCUUUUGCUAAAUCCCACCUCGUUCCUGGUCCGCCUGGUGUGAUGGGAACUUCAGGGUCUACGUCUGCUAGCAAAAUUCCUCAGGGGGCCGAUAGCACAAUGCUCGCAACAAAAACCGUGAAGCACGGCGCCCCUGGUCCUUCCCACACCAUCUCCGCUCCGCAGGCGGCCGCUGCUGCAGCCCUGAGACGGCAGAUGGCCAGUCAGGCGCCAGCUAUAAGUACUUUGACUGAAUCAACUUUGAAGAAUGUCCCUCAAGUGGUAAAUGUGCAAGAACUGAAGAAUAAUCCUUCACCCACCUCUGCAGCGAUGGGUUCUUCGGUGUCAUACUCUACAGCCAAAGCACCUCACCCAGUGUUGACGCCAGUGGCCGCUAAUAAUCAGGCUAAGCAGGGGUCGCUGAUAAAUUCCCUAAAGCUGUCUGGGCCCACAUCAGCCUCUGGUCAGUUGUCAUCCAGUGAUAAAGCUUCAGGGCCAGGGGCAACGAAGAUAGAAACAGCUGUGACUUCUACCCCGUCUGCUGCUGGGCAGUUCAGCAAGCCUUUCUCAUUUUCUUCAUCAGGGUCUGGCUUUAAUUUCGGGAUACUCACACCAACGCCGUCUUCUAAUUUCACUGUCACACAAGGGGCCACACCACCUGCUAAAGAGUCCAGCCAGCUCGACGCGUUCUCCUUUGGCGGGGGAGGCCGACCCUGCCCUGAGCCCGUUCCAGAAAGCUCCUCUCCCUCAGGGGUGACGACCAGCACCAGCGGAGCUGCCACUGCUUCUCCCGGAGAGUCGGCUCCGUGGGGCAGCAGGCCCGGCGCACCUUCUGGACUGACUCUCGCCACGCCGUCCAGCAAGCCGGAAGCCCCGCCGUCCAAGCUGGGCGAGCUGCUCUUUCCCAGCUCUUCGGCUGGCGAGACUCUGGGAAGCUUUUCAGGACUGCGGGUCGGCCAAGCAGAUGAUGCCACCAAGCCAGCCACCAAGGCGUCGUCCGCGGGCCUCCCCAGUGCGCAGCCAGCCAAGCCUUCACUCGUCCCCUCAGCCUUUAAUUUUACGGGCCCUGCGGUGCCCGGGAAGCAAGCGGAGCCCCCCGUGACUUCCUCUGUGACCGCCACCACGGCAGCAGCAGCAGCAGCAGCCACCAGUGCAAGCACGAGCAGCUUCUCAAGUGGUGUCUUUGGCAGCCUGCCCCCCACCAGCGCGGGGACCCCCGGGCUGAUCAGCUUCGGCGGGGUGUCCCUAAGUGGAAGCAAGACGAGUUUUUCAUUUGGAAGCCAGCCGACGAGUAGUACAGUGCCGCCAUGUGCCCCACCAGCAGCCACCACUGCCACUCCCCUUCCCGCGUCAUUCCCCACGUUGUCUUUUGGUGGCCUCCUGAGUUCAGCAUCUGUUCCCACCCCACCUGCAUCCUCUGCUAAAAGCGCAGAGGAGGCUGCAUCGUCAUCUUUGCCCGAGAAACCAGGCACCAGUGAGGUCUCGGCGUCAACGGCCUCGCUUCUGGGGCAGCAGCAGGCCGCCCCGCCCCCCCAGGCCCCUCUGCCGGCGUCCGACCCUGUGAGCAAAGACCCCACUUCGGUCCAGCCGGUGGCCAGCGGGCCCAGCACCAUGGCAUCUAGUGCCAGUCUUCUCGCGCCUGCCACAGAGGCCGCGUCAGCAGCCGCCGCGGUCCCUGAUGGCAAGACAGAGCCGGCAUCUCCUGCUUCCACCCUUCCAGUGCCCGGGCAGACUGCUGUCACGGCAGCUACGACCCCAAGUGCAGUCCCUGUGACCGCGGAAACAGAGGGUCCCCCCACCACCUCUGCUGCUGUUUCCAGCGUUGCUCCGAGCCCAGCUACAGAGACGGCAGUGUUCGGGACUGUCACUUCUGGCUCCUCUGUCUUUACUCAGCCACCUGCUGCCAGUUCUAGCUCAGCUUUCAGCCAGCUCACCAGCAGCACAGCCACUGCCCCCUCUGCCACCCCCAUGUUUGGGCAGAUGGCAGCCAGCACCGCACCAAGCCUCUUUGAGCAGCAGACAAGCAGCAUAGCUAGCACGGCAAGUGCCACGCCACAGGUCAGCAGCUCGGGCUUUGGCAGUCCUGCUUUUGGCGCCUCGGCCACAGGGGUCUUUGGACAGACGACCUUUGGGCAGGCCCCGGCCUUCGGGCAGUCGACAGGCAGCCCCGCGAGUGGCUUUUCCUUCAGUCAGCCUGGGUUCAGCUCCAUGCCAGCUUUCGGGCAGUCCGUGGCCUCCACUUGCACGUCCACGUGUGGCAGUGUCUUUGGCGCCUCUUCCAGCACCAGUAGCGCCAGCUCUUUCUCAUUCGGACAGUCUUCUGCCAACACAGGAGGGGGCAUGUUUGGCCAGAGCAGCCCCCCUGCUUUCGGUCAGAGUCCUGGCUUUGGGCAAGGAGGCUCUGUAUUUGGCGGCACCUCGGCCACCACCACGACAGCAUCAUCCUCUGGGUUUAGCUUUUGUCAAGCUUCAGGUUUUGGGUCUAGUAAUACCGGUUCUUUGUUCGGUCAAGCAGCCAGCACUGGUGGAACAGUCUUUGGUCAGCAGCCACCGUCUUCCAGUGGAAGCGUGUUUGGGUCUGGAAGCACCGGCAGAGGGGGAGGGUUCUUCAGCGGCCUCGGAGGGAAACCCAGCCAGGAUGCGGCCAACAAAAACCCAUUCAGCUCAGCCAGCGGGGGCUUCGGAUCCACAACCACCCAGAAUACCUCUAACCUGUUCGGAAACAGCGGGGCCAAGACGUUCGGCGGCUUCGCCAGCUCGUCGUUCGGAGAGCAGAAGCCCGCUGGCACGUUCAGCUCCGGAGGAGGCAGCGUGGCGUCCCAGGGAUUCGGGUUCGCCACCCCAAACAAAGCAGGUGGCUUCGGUGCUGCUCCAGUGUUUGGCAGCCCUCCUACUUUUGGGGGAUCCCCUGGGUUUGGAGGGGUGCCAGCAUUCGGUUCAGCCCCAGCCUUUACAAGCCCUCUGGGCUCGACGGGAGGCAAAGUGUUCGGAGAGGGUACUGCGGCCGCCAGCGCAGGAGGAUUCGGGUUUGGGAGCAGCAGCAACACCACGUCGUUCGGCACCCUCGCCAGUCAGAACGCGCCGACGUUCGGCUCGCUGUCCCAGCAGACUUCCGCUUUCGGGACCCAGAGCGGGGGAUUCUCCGGCUUUGGAUCGGGCACAGGAGGAUUCAACUUUGGAACCUCUAACUCGUCCGUCCAGGGCUUCGGCGGCUGGAGAAGCUGAGCGGGUGUCGGUGUUCUUUCAGUUCCCGUGGCCAACUGCAUUCUCAGCUCCUCUGAGAAACACUGAAGCAGUUCUUUAAAGUGGACAUUUUCAUUGAAACCCACCCCCAGAAAGAAACAUCAGAGACAGAACUCUAGAGAUGCUUUUUGUUUUAUACUUCAUGUCGGUUGUCAUACCCCCUCCCCCGCUGCGCCUCGCCCACCAUUAAACUGUUUGGUUUGUUUCCAUA